AUGACUGUCACAGACUUGUUUUGGGCACAUCCAGUGAGUUUGGAUUUGCUUCGUACAUUCCCUCGUGUGUUGAUUAUGGAUUGCACAUAUAAGACGAAUAGAUAUCGGCUUCCUCUUCUUGAAAUUGUGGGAGUAACAUCAACUCAUAUGACAUUCUCCGUGACUAUCGCAUACUUGCAAACUGAGCGGGUUGAUAAUUAUGCAUGGGCGUUACAAACAUUGCGUGAUCUUAUGGACGACAGUGUUUUACCUGAAGUCAUUGUCACAGACAGAGAGCUUGCUUUGAUGAAUGCCAUUGACAACACCUUCCCAAAUGCUCGACAUUUGUUAUGUCGUUGGCAUAUUAAUAAGAAUGUAUUGACAAAAUGCAAGAAAAUGUUUGAGACAAAAGAAAAAUGGGACAAGUUUAACACUGCAUGGAACUAUUUGAUAUUGUCAUCCACUGAAGAGGAAUACAAUGAUCACCUUGCAACACUACAUAAGGAUUUCAGUAACUAUCCGGAGGCAAUCAAAUAUGUUACUGUGAGUUGGUUGAAUCCGUAUCAAGAAAAAUUCAUUGCGGUACAUACAGACAUGUGUAUGCAUUUUGGCAAUGUUACAACCAAUCGGGUUGAGAGUGCUCAUGCUAGAUUGAAGAGGCAAUUAGGUUCAAGUCAAACGACAUUUGAGGUUUCAUUUGAAAAAAUACAUUGUCUACUUGAGUUGCAGCACAUUCAAGUUAAAGCAUCAUUCGAGAAGAGUUUGACAACUGUACAACAUCAAUUCAAACCUUCUCAAUUCAGAGAGCUCCGGGGUAAUGUGUCUAUUUGUGCAUUUGAGUAUGUGUUAGCAGAGAGCAAGAGAUCAAAUUCAGUUGGAAUUGAUGUUGCAACAUGUGGGUGUGUUCUUAGGCGCACACAUGGUUUACCUUGUGCUCACGAGAUUGCAGAUUACACGAGACAAGGCCGUCCUAUUCCACUCAGUAGCAUACUUGAACAAAAGUUGGAAUUGACUUGUAUCCCAGAACUUGAGUUGAUUUUAAAGCGGUUCGAAGAGUCUGAUAUUGCCACGCAAUUGGAUAUGUUGAAGAAGUUGAGGGAAAUUGCAAAUCCGGCUAGCACUUUUCUUAUUGAGCCCGAUGUGAAACCUAAUCUACGUCGAGGACAUAAGAAAAUUGAUAUAUCUUGUCGUCGUGACCCGUGUGCAUUUGAGUUAGUUGAUGAUGAGCAUGAUAGCCAAAGCACAUUAGCUUCCAGUCAGUCAAAGAAAAAGAGAGCUUCAAAAGUGCAUGAGAAGAAGCGGAAUGUGAAGACAAAGGCAUAUCGUACAAGAACAAGUUUACCGAAUGCAUAUGUUGCUGGCUUCCCGCCUAUGUUAAUACCAUUCAUAAAGUUGAUGAAGGAUGUAGAUGGUGAUGGGAAUUGUGGAUUUCGAGCUAUUGCAGGUUUAUUUGGUCUUGGAGAGAAUGACUGGGUGCAAGUUAGGCGUGAUCUGCUACUUGAAUUGAAUAAUCACAGAGAUGAAUACGUCGUACUAUAUGGGUCGCAUGAGAGGGUUAAGGAGCUGACACACAUCCUUUUAUAUUUUGAAAAUAGCGCAGGCUUUGAUCGUUGGAUGACUAUGCCUGACAUGGGGCAUCUUAUUGCAUCAUUUUAUAAUGUAGUCUUGUACCACUUGUCAUUGCAACAGUGUCUCACUUUCUUACCUUUAAGAGCACCGCCGGUAACCCUAGCUGAUCGUCGCGAGAUUGCCAUUGGAUUUGUUAAUGAAAAUCAUUUUGUGCAGGUAUUUUUGGAAGCCGAUCAUCCAGUUCCUCCCAUUGCCGUGCUUUGGCGAGUUUUCCAUCACCCCUGUGCGUCAGAAUGGGAGAAUGCAUAUGUUAGCCGCAUUCAAAAAUUCAAAGACAACAUAGGACCUACUGUAGCUACUCGAGAGACAUUUGAUGUAGUUGACAUAGAUUGA